CUAGUUAUAAACAACUCCAUUGUAAAAGUACUUCCUCAGGAAAAAAAAAAAAAAAAAAUGGUGCAGUCUUAAAAACAAGUGAUAUAUAAAAGCUAUGCUCUUCACUUUAGUAGAAAAGAUAUUCAUCAGAGAAAUGGCAACCAUUAAUGAUUCCAACCCGAGAAAGGCACCCCUUGAUUCUUUCUCCUCAGCUUGGAAGGAAUGGAAGCCGCUAUUGGAAUGUGUUUCGUAUGUAAAUAAGUUCCAACUUGUUUGAACAAAUUUGGAUAUUUUAUUAAUUGACUCAAUAAUAUGGAAAUGAGACAU